CUUUGUGGGAUUUCAAGGCUACGCUGGAUGCCCAGGAUGGGGACGGGGCAACAGCGCUGCUCCUGGGAGCCCAGAUGAGCAGAGUGGAGUUGUGUGCUUUCCUGCUAGACCGGGGAGCUAACGCUAACAUACAGGACCAGCAGGGCAGGUCAGCAUUGAUGAUAGCAUGUGAGAGUGACAGUGUGGAGACAGUGGAAGCGUUGCUAAGGGGCGGGGCCAACCCCCAGCAGACGGACGUCUUCGGGCGUGAUGCAUCGCACUAUGGCGUCGCCACCGGCAACCAGAGAAUCACACAGCUGCUGCAGAACGGGGGUAAGGGGAGCGCAGCAGUGGAGAGUAAUCUAAGUAAGUGGAUCAGAGGGGCAGAUGUGGAUUAUUACACAGGGAUGAAAGACUGA